CUAUAUACAAAGGCACAGCCCCUCAAACCCCAAAAACCCUCACCACUUCCAAUCAGCGCAGUUUCCAUCUAGGGUUUAUCUUCUCUCUGAAAAUGGCUCGCUAUCUCAGCCGAGCGAUCUUCUCCACCGGCCGACAAUCCGUAUUCUCCGUCUUAUCUCGCUCCAACGCCACCGCCGCCGCCGCCUCCUCCUCCGCCGCCAUCCCAAACGCGUCGUCCUUCCUAUUCCGCGUCCGCCCCCUCGUCGCCGUCGCCUCCAUCUACGGCCGCGCUGCUCCGGCGCUGUCGUCCACCAGGGGUUUCGCCACUCGACAGACGUCGUCUUCCCUGAACGAUCCGAACCCUAACUGGUCGAACCGCCCACCGAAGGAGACCAUUCUUCUCGACGGCUGCGAUUUCGAGCACUGGCUCGUGGUUCUGGAGAAGCCAGAGGGCGAGCCGAUGAGGGACGAAAUUAUCCAAACCUACAUCAAGACUUUGGCCACUGUCGUUGGCAGUGAGGAAGAAGCAAGGAUGAAGAUAUAUUCCGUGUCUACGAAGCAUUACUUUGCCUUUGGAGCCCUUGUUUCGGAAGAAGUUUCUAACAAGAUAAAAGAUCUGCCAGGAGUUCGAUGGGUACUUCCCGAUUCGUACUUGGAUGUUAAGAAUAAAGACUAUGGAGGAGAGCCAUUCAUCAACGGGCAGGCCGUACCGUACGACCCUAAAUACCACGAGGAAUGGGUGAGGAACAACUCCCGUGCAAACGAGAGGAACAGGAGGAACGACAGGCCCCGCAACUUUGACAGGUCUAGAAAUUUUGAGAGAAGGAGAGAGCCACAGAUGGGCCCCGGACCAAAUGCUGGGGGCCCAGGCGGCAACAUGGCGGGCCCAGGGGGCAACAUGGCUGGCCCGGGGGGCAAUAUGGGGGUCCCACCCCCAAACAGGAUUCCUCCACCACCCAAUGCCCCCAACAUGAGUGGAGGGCAGCAGAACUACCCUCCGAACAACCCUGGUAACUACCCUCCGAACAACCCUGGAAACUACCCACCAAGAGGACCCCCUACCAAUGCACCACCAAACUACCAGUUCAGUAACGGACCAAACAAUGGUGGCUAUGCUCCUCCCCAAGGUCCUGGGGGUGGUUACCCCCCCUACCAAAACCAGAAUGCUCCUCCGUCUAGAGAUAUGCCUCCACCCCCAAAUCCUGGUCAGAACAAUUUUGCCCCGAACAGAGGAUUCAAUCCAGGUCAAAAUCCGAGCGGUUUUGCUCCUAAUAAUGGAUAUGGUAAUCAGAACGGCUAUCCUCCCAAUAUGGGGCAGAAUCAGAAUGGCUAUCCUCCCAAUAUGGGCGGUGGAGAUGCUUCCCAGAACCAGAAUAUUCCAGGAAGAGAUUACUGAGAGAGUGUGUAAUAUAUAUUGAGGACGACUUGUCUCUGUAAUCGUAGGAUUUUUCUACUGUGGCUUUAAUUUUCAUAAGAUAAAACCUAUGAAUGCUAUCUUGGGUGGUUAUUUAUUUUGCUUAUAACUUGCUUAUGCAUAGGGUUUUGUUCUUCUUUAUGUUAACUAAUGCAUUGCAUUUGGUGCCGUUUUUCUGCACUUAUC